AUGUAUUAUCGAUCCUUGCUUAUUAUUUCUCGUCUUAACUUAAAUACUAUUAAUAUUGCAAGUCGAUGUUUAGUAGCAUCACAUAAUAAUCAAUUGAUAUAUUCAUUACAGCAACAUCAUCGUUACUUGUCUCAAAAUACAUCAAAUAAAAAAUCACCUGGUCGGCUACGUCGAUUUUUUCGAUGGUUCAAACGAAAAGAUGCACCGAAAGAGUCGAUACCAUCUGUAAAACCUCUAACAACUAUGCAACAAUUAAAACGGUCAUUUGCUCUUGCUCCAAUAAUAGAACGGUUUUUUCUUCGUUCACAUAUUAUUGAAGAUGAAGAUUUAGCCCGAUUAAUUUCUAAAACAGCUGCAAUUACAAGCUAUGCAAUUAUUGGCGUCACAACACUUGGAACACUUGGUGUUGAUACGAAACCGUUAUUAGCUGGUAUUGGUAUAACAGGUUUUACAGUUGGUUUUGCUCUUAAAGAAGUCGCAACGAAUUUUAUAUCGGGCAUUUUUCUUGUUAUUAAUAAACCAUUUGUUCGAGGAUGUCGAAUUAAAAUUCAUGGAAGUGGUGGCGGAAUUGAAGGUCUUGUUCAUUUUAUUGAUAUUCGAUAUGUACAUCUAAAAACGAAAAAUCAUGGAAUUAUAAUGGUUCCGUCUGCCAUUAUUUAUACGAACGCAUUUACUGUUUUCCCAGCCGAUGAUGAAGCUAAUGCAGGUUUUCUUGAUAUGACAAAACCUCUGACAAGUGAUGCUACAAAGCCUUCUGAAAACGUGCCGGUGUCGCCAUCCUUAUCAUCAUCACUGUCUGCCUCUAAGAUUACCAUGAGCAAAGAAAAACAACUAAAAAUGAACUUCGAUGGAGAACCAGCAGGAUUAUUUAAAAAAUCCUCAUUGAAUGAAAAAUCAUAG